AUGAGAUCAGUUAUGCCCCUGCAGCCCAUGGAGGUCCAGGGGGAGCAGAGAUCCACCUCCAGCCUGUGGAACACCCCACACCAGAACAAGCAGAUGCUCAAAGAGGACUGUGACCCUGUGGGAACCCCCCCCCCCCCCCCCCCCCCCCCCCCCCCCCCCCCCCCCCCCCCCCCCCCCCCCCCCCCCCCCCCCCCCCCCCCCCCCCCCCCCCCCCCCCCCCCCCCCCCCCCCCCCCCCCCCCACCCCCCCCCCCCCCCCCCCCCCCCCCCACCCCCCCCCCCCCCCCCCCCCCCCCCCCCCCCCCCCCCCCCCCCCCCCCCCCCCCCCCCCCCCCCCCCCCCCCCCCCCCCCCCCCCCCCCCCCCCCCCCCCCCCCCCCCCCCCCCCCCCCCCCCCCCCCCCCCCCCCCCCCCCCCCCCCCCCCCCACCCCCCCCCCCCCCCCCCCCCCCCCCCCCCCCCCCCCCCCCCCCCCCCCCCCCCCCCCCCCCCCCCCCCCCCCCCCCCCCCCCCCCCCCCCCCCCCCCCCCCCCCCCCCCCCCCCCCCCCCCCCCCCCCCCCCCCCCCCCCCCCCCCCCCCCCCCCCCCCCCCCCCCCCCCCCCCCCCCCCCCCCCCCCCCCCCCCCCCCCCCCCCCCCCCCCCCCCCCCCCCCCCCCCCCCCCCCCCCCCCCCCCCCCCCCCCCCCCCCCCCCCCCCCCCCCCCCCCCCACCCCCCCCCCCCCCCCCCCCCCCCCCCCCCCCCCCCCCCCCCCCCCCCCCCCCCCCCCACCCCCCCCCCCCCCCCCCCCCCCCCCCCCCCCCCCCCCCCCCCCCCCCCCCCCCCCCCCCCCCCCCCCCCCCCCCCCCCCCCCCCCCCCCCCCCCCCCCCCCCCCCCCCCCCCCCCCCCCCCCCCCCCCCCCCCCCCCCCCCCCCCCCCCCCCCCCCCCCCCCCCACCCCCCCCCCCCCCCCCCCCCCCCCCCCCCCCCCCCCCCCCCCCCCCCCCCCCCCCCCCCCCCCCCCCCCCCCCCCCCCCCCCCCCCCCCCCCCCCCCCCCCCCCCCCCCCCCCCCCCCCCCCCCCCCCCCCCCCCCCCCCCCCCCCCCACCCCCCCCCCCCCCCCCCCCCCCCCCCCCCCCCCCCCCCCCCCCCCCCCCCCCCCCCCCCCCCCCCCCCCCCCCCCCCCCCCCCCCCCCCCCCCCCCCCCCCCCCCCCCCCCCCCCCCCCCCCCCCCCCCCCCCCCCCCCCCCCCCCCCCCCCCCCCCCACCCCCCCCCCCCCCCCCCCCCCCCCCCCCCCCCCCCCCCCCCCCCCCCCCCCCCCCCCCCCCCCCCCCCCCCCCCCCCCCCACCCCCCCCCCCCCCCCCCCCCCCCCCCCCCCCCCCCCCCCCCCCCCCCCCCCCCCCCCCCCCCCCCCCCCCCCCCCCCCCCCCCCCCCCCCCCCCCCCCCCCCCCCCCCCCCCCCCCCCCCCCCACCCCCCCCCCCCCCCCCCCCCCCCCCCCCACCCCCCCCCCCCCCCCCCCCCCCCCCCCCCCCCCCCCCCCCCCCCCCCCCCCCCCCCCCCCCCCCCCCCCCCCCCCCCCCCCCCCCCCCCCCCCCCCCCCCCCCCCCCCCCCCCCCCCCCCCCCCCCCCCCCCCCCCCCCCCCCCCCCCCCCCCCCCCCCCCCCCCCCCCCCCCCCACCCCCCCCCCCCCCCCCCCCCCCCCCCCCCCCCCCCCCACCCCCCCCCCCCCCCCCCCCCCCCCCCCCCCCCCCCCCCCCCCCCCCCCCCCCCCCCCCCCCCCCCCCCCCCCCCCCCCCCCCCCCCCCCCCCCCCCCCCCCCCCCCCCCCCCCCCCCCCCCCCCCCCCCCCCCCCCCCCCCCCCCCCCCCCCCCCCCCCCCACCCCCCCCCCCCCCCCCCCCCCCCCCCCCCCCCCCCCCCCCCCCCCCCCCCCCCCCCCCCCCCCCCCCCCCCCCCCCCCCCCCCCCCCCCCCCCCCCCCCCCCCCCCCCCCCCCCCCCCCCCCCCCCCCCCCCCCCCCCCCCCCCCCCCCCCCCCCCCCCCCCCCCCCCCCCCCCCCCCCCCCCCCCCCCCCCCCCCCCCCCCCCCCCCCCCCCCCCCCCCCCCCCCCCCCCCCCCCCCACCCCCCCCCCCCCCCCCCCCCCCCCCCCCCCCCCCCCCCCCCCCCCCCCCCCCCCCCCCCCCCCCCCCCCCCCCCCCCCCCCCCCCCCCCCCCCCCCCCCCCCCCCCCCCCCCCCCCCCCCCCACCCCCCCCCCCCCCCCCCCCCCCCCCCCCCCCCCCCCCCCCCCCCCCCCCCCCCCCCCCCCCCCCCCCCCCCCCCCCCCCCCCCCCCCCCCCCCCCCCCCCCCCCCCCCCCCCCCCCCCCCCCCCCCCCCCCCCCCCCCCCCCCCCCCCCCCCCCCCCCCCCCCCCCCCCCCCCCCCCCCCCCCCCCCCCCCCCCCCCCCCCCCCCCCCCCCCCCCCCCCCCCCCCCCCCCCCCCCCCCCCCCCCCCCCCCCCCCCCCCCCCCACCCCCCCCCCCCCCCCCCCCCCCCCCCCCCCCCCCCCCCCCCCCCCCCCCCCCCCCCCCCCCCCCCCCCCCCCCCCCCCCCCCCCCCCCCCCCCCCCCCCCCCCCCCCCCCCCCCCCCCCCCCCCCCCCCCCCCACCCCCCCCCCCCCCCCCCCCCCCCCCCCCCCCCCCCCCCCCCCCCCCCCCCCCCCCCCCCCCCCCCCCCCCCCCCCCCCCCCCCCCCCCCCCCCCCCCCCCCCCCCCCCCCCCCCCCCCCCCACCCCCCCCCCCCCCCCCCCCCCCCCCCCCCCCCCCCCCCCCCCCCCCCCCCCCCCCCCCCCCCCCCCCCCCCCCCCCCCCCCCCCCCCCCCCCCCCCCCCCCCCCCCCCCCCCCCCCACAUGAAGAACCAGACCCAGUGACACGGGCUGAAGAGGCCCCUCCAUAUAACCAGCUGCCACCAGAGGAAACACGCUACGCUCUUUUCACAGACGGUUCCUGUCGCAUUGUAGGGAUGAACCGGAAGUGGAAAGCAGCCGAUGCAACUUUAUCUGUAAAAUCACCAUGUGAAAAUGAUUGA